CAAUGGAAUUUAUGUGCAAAGUAGCCAUUAUUCUCUGCCUACAUAUCACGUAACAGUAACUGCUAAAGAAAAAGUAUUCACACUGAGUCAAAGUUCAGUUCUGAUAAAUGUAUUGGUUAUUUAUCGGACAAUUGCAUUGUAAAGCAUAAGAAAUACAUUCUGCAAACUUCCGGUAGCAUACAGAUGGAUCUAACAGGAUGUAAAUAUUUUGGUGACUUCCUGUAUAUUCUUUUAAGGCUGCUGGAAACUGAAAAAAAUAAAUUUGGAAAAGCACAGCGAUUUCUGUGGCUAUUUACUUCACAACAGUCUGAUGCUGGUUGCACAAUAUUUAAUCAGCGGAUAUGCCGUGCAUAAUUGUGGCUUGACAGUGCGCAACAUCACACCAGUUAGAGACCACAGUUGAACCAGAUACCUGCUGCCUUCAGAUGGCUGUAAAGAGAAACACCAGAAGGAAAGGCCUUAAGUGAAGGCAACUAACUGUCCUAGAUGACAGAGCAGGUAAGAAUCACUUAAUCAUCUUAAUUCUGCAUCUCUGGCAUCAUAACCGGAAUAAAAAUAAAAAAAAAACCUUUUUGGAAAGACGAACAAAACAUGAAUAAGAGGGUUUAAGGGAUUUCAGAAGAGAAGCUCCUGUGGUUGAUAGACUGAUCAAACCAACCCGGCUGAUGACAGCCGUCGCUUGUCAUAUAAAGCGUCAGAGUGGAGGAAUAAAGCGGACCGAAGCAACAGCUGCAGUGACUGCAGGAGAAAGACGCUCAGAGAGAUCCACAUUAACCUGACUGGCAGCUCCGCUAAUUGCAGUUUUCACAGUUAAAGUUCCAGUUGGAGAUGCAGAAGAAAAACACAGUCUAGGAGUAGACGGGAUUAAUGACUUGCUUUUAUCUGUGUCCCCCGUCAGUCAGACUCCGGUGUUCAUCAUGUUCCACCAGCUGACGGAUCAAACAGUAAAUGGCAGCUGCCAGGGACCCACCUCAGUGUGCAAUAAAAGCACUGAUGGAGACGCGCUCCAGCUGCCCACUUUCUCCACCGCGGCCAAAGUCAGAGUCAUCAUCACCUUCACUCUGUGCUCAGUGUCAGCUGUGUGCAACCUGGUUGUGCUGUGGGCUGCCGGCAACGGCGGCAAGCGCAAGUCACACGUCAGGAUCCUCAUAAUGAACCUGACUGUGGCGGACCUGCUGGUGACUUUCAUCGUGAUGCCUGUGGACGCAGUGUGGAACAUCACGGUGCAGUGGCAGGCGGGAGACGUCGCCUGCAGGCUGCUGAUGUUCAUGAAACUGGUGGCGAUGUACUCCUGCGCUUUUAUAACUGUGGUCAUCAGCUUGGAUAGACAGUCUGCCAUCCUCAAUCCUCUGGGCAUAAGUGAGGCCAAAAGGAAAAGCAGAAUAAUGUUGACUGUGGCCUGGACGAUGAGUGUGAUCCUCUCGCUCCCUCAGAUGUUUAUAUUUCACAAUGUGACCAUCACAGUCCCACAGAACUUCACCCAGUGCACCACCCACGGCAGUUUUGUCCAGCACUGGCAGGAGACCCUCUACAACAUGUUCACCUUCGUGUGCCUCUUCCUCCUGCCUUUGGUCAUCAUGAUCUUCUGUUACACACGAAUCCUUGUUGAGAUAUCCGGUCGCAUGCCCCGGGGUAACCUGCUGUCUAGAGAUGUUCAUCUCCGUCGCUCCCAUAACAACAUCCCUAAAGCUCGGAUGAGGACUCUUAAGAUGAGCAUUGUCAUUGUGACAUCAUUCAUCAUCUGCUGGACCCCGUACUACCUGCUAGGCCUGUGGUAUUGGUUGUUUCCUGAAAAAAUGGAGAAGACGGUCUCUCAUUCACUGACUCAUAUGCUGUUUAUCUUUGGCCUCUUCAACGCCUGCCUAGACCCCAUCACUUAUGGUCUGUUUACCAUUCAUCUUCACCAGGGUCUUAAGAGAUGCUGUCGAAAUUCAAACACACAGACUGAAUUAGAAAACAACACUUGCCUUGUACACAUGACUCAUCUGUCAUCACACAGGCAGGUUGCCUUGGGUGGCCACAGUACAGACAUAGAGGAGGCAAAGGACAACAAGAGCAAGACAAGUGGCUCAAGGCCAAUCAUCCCAGUAAGCAAGAUGUAAUGGGUUAAUGAAUUUCAAUACAUGAUCUCUGCUCUUAAUCAGUGUUUUGCUUUGCUUUGAAAUGCUGAAACUCCACAAAAAUUCAGUGCUCUUUUGUCAGACGAAUCUGUUCAUUUUUGUUCCACUGAUGUAAUCAAUGGUGUAGUAUAGCUCAGCCCUGGUUUGUUCAUCCCACGUUUCCAGAGCAAUGCAUGUCAUUGCUCUUUUGCAAGCAUUUACAAAAUCACCAUGAUUGGCUGAGGGUGAUGCUGCACAUCACACAGAAUGUCUCACACACUGCUGAUUGGAUUUUCAUGAAGCUUAAUGACCCAUGUGGCAAAGUUGUAAUUCAGGUUGAGCGAAUCUGCUUAAAGUUGCCUAAAUAUGUCUGGGUUUUACUGAUUAGAUCUUUUGGUGUCCUGUAUUAUUUCCUGUGUCAAAGAAAGAAAAAUGUGUGCAUAUAUUUAAAGAUAAUCAUUUAGAUAUAAACUGUCUGUGAUUAAAAGUAAUUGUUGCACUGAUACAAUGGAGGUUUUGUAGAGAUUUAUCAUUUUGGUAACUGCUGUGUAGUGUAACCUAUGUUGUUCAUUUUCAUAUUUUUAUUACAUGUUGGGGGGUUUUGCCGCAAGGUCCUCUGUUAGUUAUUGCUUAUUGAAAACUGGAAACUGCUCUAAAUUGUCAUUUGUAGUGCUGUGUGUGCAGUAUAAAAGAUUGUGAUUUUGUUCCAUUACAAAAAUUAAUGUUAUGACAUGAUCAUUAUUGACCAUGAUGGCCUUUUAACUAAAUGUUAUGCCAUUCAGUACUAUGUAGUGAAUGUACUUGCGCAGCAUGUUGUUCAUGUGUUACUGACUACUUUAUUUGUCCAAGAUCAAUUCUCUGUUUACUGUGGUGCACACAAAUCACAUUGGAGACAAAGUUCUAUAAAAUAUCUGUGAUUCAUCAUGCCAGUCAUAUGUACAUAUUCAUAUUAGUAUUAGUGUUUAUAAUGGGUAUAAUAGGGUAUAAUGUUGUGAGUUGUGUUGCUUUCUGUGACCGAGAAAUGGAUAAGAAAACAGCUUAAUUUGAAAAAAAGAGAGAUCAAUAGCAUAUGUUUGUUUGCAUGAUAUUGUUUCCUUUCUGCAAGUUAUAAAAAAAUGUUGUAAUGUAUACUUGCAAUGUCUUUAUUUGUUGAAUAAAAAAUUCUGCCUUUUUUUCACUGCAUUGGGCGAUGCACAAACAAUGACUGGCUCCCCUUUAAGCUCAUGUGCAUUUGUCAUCAGCUGGAAAUGGCUCAAUCAGAGAAAAUGAUAAAAAUCAUUAUGUUCUGGGAUGAUGAUGCUUAUGGCUAACCUUAAUUAAUCGCUCAACCUUUCCAGUAAUAGUUUAUUUGAAAAUAGCUGCAGCAAUGCAGUAUUAUCUGGCAAUGGUGAACUAGUAGUAGAGAGUAGAGUAGGAGCACUUUGCAUGUCUUGGUAUCUCACUACACAAAGUC